CCACCGAAUGAAACCCCCAGGACCCUAGCGGUUCAAACCCAUUUAUAUAGCCACAAGCCAGUUAUCUCGAGCUCAAAUCUGAAUCAUAACACCAGAGUCGCAGCACCACUUUACUUCCGUCCAUCAUCAGAAUUGUGAGAAUGGAAGAUCCGGAUGAUGAGUGGGAAUAUACAUCACCAGAAAGUGAAGGUAAAGUGAAUUGGAUCUUAAACAGAGGUCUGGGGCUGGGAAAGAAGGUUGUGAUCACAGCUAUUGUGAUCUCAUCUGCACCCGUGGUUCUUCCUCCACUUUUGAUGAUAUCUACUCUUGGGUUUGCAUUUUCGGUUCCAUUUGGGGUUGUCUUUGCGACUUAUGCUUGCACUGAGAAGCUCAUGAGCAAGUUGCUUCCGUCGCCAGCAUCUUCUCUUAUGUUGGAGUAUGAGACUGUAUAUGCUGACGAAGAGGGUGAUGAAGAAGAAUAUGGAGAAGAAGAGGGUGAUGAGGAAGAAUAUGGAGAAGAGGAGGAUUUAAGUUUUGAAGGAGUUGUGACGGACACAGUGUCUACUGAUGAAGAGGAAGAAGAAGCAAAAGAAGAAGAAGAAAAAGAGAAAGGAGAAAAAGAGGAUGUGGGUUCUGAAGGAGUUGUAAUGGACAGAGUGUAUACCGAUGAAAAGGAAGAAGAAGAAGAGGAAGAGGAAGGAGAAAAAGAGGAUGUGCGUUUUGGAGAAAAUGUAACAGAAGAUGAAGAAACAGAAAAGACAGAGGAUGCAAAGAAAAGGUUAGAGAUGAGGGUUGAAUUGGAAGAUGAUGGAAGCAAAGAAAUUCCAGGAGGAGAUAUUCUGCAGGAGGAAGAUGAUCCUGCAACGAAAGCUGUGAAACAUUGCAUGCAAGAACCAAUGGAGGAAGUGGAUUAUAAUGUGAAGGAAGAGGGGCAUGAGGAAGAUGUCGGCGAGUACUUAGACGAUAAAGAGCCCAUGAAAGGGGUUCAUACAGAAAUGGGAGUAAGAAAAGAGGGAAAGCAGGAAUCAGUGGUAGACCAAAGCAAUGUUGAGGAAUUCUCUGUUGAAGUGCGGCGAGUUGUGGUUGUAGCUGAGGGAGAUGAGAGCAAUGGUAGCAGUGUUGCACAAAAGGAGGAUGUAGUCGUCGUGGCAAGGAAACUUGUGGAAGAUCCAAGGAGUAAGGGAGAGGUGUUUGGAAAGGAUAAAAAGGAGGAAUUAGAGAGAGAGACUACAGCGUUGUUGAUAAAAAUCAGGGAUGAAGAUAAUUCUAGUAACAUUGUGAAGGAGGAAGAGCAUAGCAUUGGAGAAUUUUGUGGAGUUGAGGAGGACAAGAAAAAUUUCAGGUGCAUAGAUGAAAUAGAGAAACUAUCUGAAGAUAAUAAUGUAGAAGUAGAGAAACUUAUGGAGAAGAUUAAGGGAACAGAUUGGCAAAAGAGAAAUAAACAAAUUUUAAAAGAAAAUCAGGAAAACAAGGACAAGAUUGGGGGACCAUUUGGAAAUAAAAAGCUGGAAUUUGAGAAACUUAAUGGGGUGACGGAAGGAAUUCAUGGAGAAAAUAUAGGUGAGGCAAUUUCACAGGAAAGCAAAGGGAUACAUAGCAAAAAUGGGGAAAAUGCGCGUAAUGUACCAGAGGUCAGACAAGUUGGUCGGAAGAAAGGUAGAAGACAAGGAAACAGAGAUGCGAGGAAUGGUCACGAGUUUGUUGGAGUUGGUAAGCCAGUUGGGGACCAGAAUGAAAGGAUAAAUGGAAAGCGCCUGGGAGGAGGAGUUGAAAGCUUAUUAGCAGAAGAGGAGCAGAAACUCGAGUUAGGCAAAAAUGAAGUAUUGCAAGGAGCUAGAUUUAAGGUUCCUAUAGCUACAGAUGCACCUGAGGAUCUUAGCUUGGAAGGGGAUGCAAAUAUGAUCAAUUCAAAUGCAGCUGAAAGAGGAAUUUCUAAUGACAGUGAUCUCAAUGUGGCCGAUGACAGAAAUGCAACCAUUGGCCACUCCAACAGUGCAGUUCACAAAACCCCUGAAGGUGAGAAUGAGAAGGCGACAGAUAGCUCUUCAGGUGAAAAUGAAGAUUUCCUGAAGCUACCUGUUUCAUCAGGGAAACCUGUGCCCAAACAUUCUGAAAUUGCUUCCGAAAUGGAGGCGGUAAUUCCUCCAAAGGUGCUGCUCAGCGAGGAGAAACUAUGGGAACAGAUUAACUCGAUGCGAAUAAUUGUUGGUUACAGAGCUGCACGUCAUCCAACUUGUGUGGAUGAAUUAAAGGCGCUCUACAUCUUUACUGGAGUGGAGCCACCACAAUCUUUUGAAGAUCCUGGUGAUCUUCUAGAAGUCAAUGAGAAGCUUCAGUUUCUCAUGUCCAUAGUUGGAGUGAAGUAGAUUAUCAAUGUCGUACCUACUUGACAUGCUUGAUGUUUUUGAAACGUUAAAGUUUUUGAGAUGUUUUGCUAUGAAUAUGAUCUUUGUCAUGGGCAUCGUUCACCGAAUUCUUUCAAUGUUAAAGGGUAUGGUGAUGUAGGACGCUUUUAUUUUAGUAUGCUGGUGUCAUUUGAAACCAGCCUGAAUAAGUUGGCCUUAAUCUGUGAGUACCCAAGUAGCAUUGAAAACUGUAGAAUCAAUCUAUGGAACCUUGAGGUGCUAGGUUGGGUUGAGCGAUUAUUUUCCAUAGAUCGGUUUGUUUGGAAAAAUUCUGUAUUCGGAAAACCAAGGAGAAGGCAGCAUCUGCUAAGAUGGUAAAUUGGUUU